GGCAAUGGUAUACCUAGAGCAGCACACAUGCCACCCACUGGACACAUGUAGUGAAUAGGAAGCCAGACGGGAUGGCGAUGUAGUUGCAGAUCGAGAUACUAGGGAAAGGGGGUAAGGAGUAAGUAUUAAUUAGAAAUUAUUAAUUGUAGUGUGAGCAGGAAUAAGUCAAAGUGAUCACCUGUCCAUCAUGUGUAAGCUACGGAGUGCUUGGAUGUACCUAGGUAGCGGAAUGGUCGGAAGUAAGUCUGAAGUAUGUUUGACUAAUCACGAGAAAAGAUGAUCCUAGCAGAUGAGGAGUUAACAUUGUGAUCAGCAUAGAAUCGUUGCAUUCGCACUGUUCUCUCGAGGAGAAAAGUUGUAACAGCGCUUCAUCACCAGCAGCUGUUUGGUUGCAAACAGUAGAGGCUGAGGCUGGUAGAUAAGGAGUCCAGCCUAGAGGACGAGAGAUACGUGGUGGCACACGGCACUGCCAGUCUCCCAGUCUCUCUUUUUCUAUCUCUCACACACACACACUUACUGGGUUACAUUUAGUUUUCCGUCCAUAAAUAUUUACAAUGUAAUGAAGGAUUAAACCAUCACUAAGUUUGAUGCCUACCCAAACUGCCAAAGAAAUAUAGUAAAUAUUGACAAUUGCACUCAAAUUAAAUGGAAAAAAGCAAAAGAAAAUGAAAAAUAGUUUAUAUAUAUAUAAAACAAUCAUGAAGGCACAUACACACACAGAAAGGAGCAUAAGAGCACGGACACAGAGACAUCGGUACAAAUAUAAAAAGUCACACAAACAAGACGAGGAAAACAUUCGUGCGAAACGAAAACUAAUGUUAUUAUUAGUCAAUAUUCCUUCCUUUUUUUCACUCCAGUUCUUCCUAUAUUGAAACAUUUUAAUUUGUGCAUCUUUGCCACCAGACAGACAUCAUUGCAAUGUUCGUGGUGACUUGUAUUUAUUCAGCUUUUCUUCUUCUGAUGCCAUAUGUCGAUGCACAGCUGAAAUCUCGGCUUGUGAAUGGAACUGCUCCGUGGAAUGGCCGCCUUGAAAUAUUGUACAAUGGAACAUGGGGCACAGUCUGUGACGAUAUUUUCGGGAAAGAAGAGGCGCAAGUGACCUGCAGGAUGCUUGGCUUCGUCAGGUCUCAAGCGUUGGUGGUGGCGUCAUUCAUGUACGGAGGAGGCUCGGGCCUCAUCAUCCUUGACGACCUGAUGUGUACAGGCGAGGAGACUAGUUUGGAUCAGUGUGACCAUAGAGGGUUUACCGAAAACGACUGCAGUCACAGUGAGGAUGUUGGUAUCAUCUGCAGCACUCAACCUGUGAAACUGCGUUUAAGGAAUACUCAAAGCUCUAGCCCUUAUAAAGGUCGGGCAGAGAUGCAAAUUGGAGGGGGCCACUGGAUCGAAUUGUGCACAUCUGAUAAUAAUAUGGCCAAAGUCGUUUGCAGACAGCUUGGGUUAUCAUCGCAUGCUGCGAUAUUUACAAAUGCAUCAGUAACUGAGAUGAGUUUAUAUGGAGAAAGAGAGCGCCUUACACCUAUGUCCAUGUUUAUUUGCCUUGGGAAUGAGACUAGUCUUUUUGAGUGCCAACAGGCUGCAGAUUCUACUGCAGGUUAUUACUACAGAUUCUGCGACAUGGAUUACAUCAUUUGUGAUGAUUCACUUUAUCUUCGCAUACUGUUUGACGAUUAUUCAUAUCCGCCAUUGGAAGGAACGAAUAUGUCUCUAGAGUGUGAGAGAGCACAGUCUCUUCAGUCAAAUGUUGACUACUGGUGGUACAAGGACUCCAGAGAGGUUUAUUUGCCCUCUUUUUUUGAGAAAAGCUUGAUCUUUAAUAAGGUGACCAGUCAACAUCAAGGUCUCAGAGUGCAGUGUAUGGCCAGGUACAACUACAAUGGACUUAUUUACAGGGAAGCUAGUGACACCUUGGUCAUACAGGUUUGCUGUGCUCCUACAAUAAAUUCCACUGACGGACCACCGCCAGCUUUAUCCAGUAUCGGUGAUGAAGGACAUCUCAGCAUUGAAAUGACAGCCCACCCCACCCCUCACCUGAUAAACAUCACCUACCUCGGACCAGUCUUGAAUGAAAGUAUUGAAGGCAAAAACAUUGGAAACUCUACGCUCGUUGACUGCGUUGCUAACCUCGUGUCACGUGCUUCAGUCACGUGCUCCAUUACCAUCUUCAACAUCUCACAGGCUGCUGAAGGCUUUUACAAGGCUAUUUUAGGCAACAGCCUCGGGCACCUGCCUUUCAUAUUUAAAGUAAACCGUAAUGUCGAUCGCACUGGAGAAAGAUCAAGUUUUUUGUUGACCGUCCGUGGUUCAUCUCUUGGCGGAGCUGUCACAGUCAUCGCUGCAGCAAUCUUCUUUAUCUGUCACUGGAAACGUAGAAAUAAGAGCUGUGAGACAAGACAGACGAGUUCAGAGAGGAAACAGUCGGCAGGAGUGCGUCUGGAAGAAAUACCAGCUGGAGGUGUGAUGAACGUGUAUCACGAAGAGAAAACUGUCGAUCGUGGAAAGAAGACCCAAAAUGCAGACAAAGUUGAUUCUUACCCCAUCUAUGUCAACACUGCUGAACUUGCCGAGGAAAAAGAUCACAUCUACAGCAAUGUUGGAGAGAGUGGAAGUGGACGGCAAAGGCAUGAAUAACAUCAGAACUGUUUAGUGUAAACAAUCUGUGGAUAACCCGUAAAAUUUGCGAAAACCUCAAAAGAAAUAAAGCAAAACAAUGAAAUGAUCUCAAAUUUUGCUUGUCACGUGUCAAGACACUAUAAUUGAUAAAUUAGAUGGAUAAAUCAAAAUAAAAAAGCAGAAACCCAAAGAAAAAUAAGUUUUCUUUUAAGUGUCAUGUUAAGCACUGAAAAUACUGGCUAAAUCGAUUUAACAUCAGUAGUGAUCGUUUGUAACAAUAGUUCUACUUGUAAUUGAAAAAAAAUAUUUUAGUUGUCGUACUUUUAGAAUGUUUGAAAUUUUUUUGAUCCACUAUGUUUACUAAAAAUUAUCCUGUAGUUAACGUUCUUGGCUUCUUGUUAUGCAUUCUGUUUUUUUUAACAUUUUCUUUUUCAUAUGAACUCAUGUGUUUAAAACUGUGUACCUUUAAUCUACUGAAGUAUAAUACUUAAUAUAUCCUGUGUGAGUGUCGUGUUAAUCUUUUGUUCGCUACGAUGUGCUAAUGGAAGUGCUUUUUAUUUUCAUGUUUAAAAAUUUACCAUGCCGUCUAGUAGAUGUCUAGAAACAGUCGGGAUGUGUAAAAAUAUAAAGACAAAUAGCAGAAAGGAUGGAGAGCGCAAUUCUUUGUCAUUUCAUUAGCAUUAUUUAUUCUAGUGCAUUAGCUCGUGCACUGGGUUUCUUAUAUCAAUGUAAUAAACAAUGCUCCAUGUUUAACUAUUUCAUGAGUUAUUAAAUUGGAAUAUAAGAGAAGCGGAAAUAAAUUGUGAGUGAAAAAUCA